AUGAAGUUUGGCGCACAAUUGCAACAGGAGAUUUUUCCUCCAUGGCGCCUUUCCUAUAUCCAAUAUGACAUGCUCAAGACUGAACUCAAGAUGCGACAAAUGGAUCACCCCUGGUCCGAUGAAGAUGAACGAGACUUUUCUCACCUCGUGGAAAGUGAACUUCAUAAGGUGUACGAUUUUGUCACUGCAAAGAUGCGUGAAGCCGAUGCACGCAUUUGCUAUUGUGAGCGUACGGUCAAGUCUUUUAUGAGCAAUCCACGAUGGGCUUCUGAUCAAAGCUGGCAAAUCAUGGAUGAUGCAUUGACUGAAGUGCUUUUUGAUAUCAACGACCUUGCCAAGUUUACUCGCAUCAACUACACCGGCUUUGUAAAGAUCGUCAAAAAGCACGACAAGUGGACAAACUUGAACCUCAAGCAAAAAUUGGUCGAGUGGUUGCGUGUGGAGCCUUUGGAUAAUCAGCGAUUUGAUGUGGCCAUUGUGUUUAUUUCGGCUUUGCAUGAUAUUUGUCGACGUCAAGGCAAACCAAGAACGGGCAAUGCAGCUGCUGGUGGUUCACAAAAUGCAUUUGAACGUGCCACGGCCAAGUAUUGGAUCCAUCCUGAUAACGUCACAGAGGUGCAAUCGAUUUUGCUGCUUCAUUUGCCGGUGCUUAUUUUCAACAAAGACAAGCCAUAUGAGCAAACCGAUUCAGCCAUCUCAUCGGUUUACUUUGAUAACGAGGAUUUUGACUUGUACACGGGAAGGUUACAACGUGAUGAAGGUGCUGAGGCUAUUCGCUUUCGCUGGUAUGGCCCAUCGGAUCAACACAGUAUCUUUAUUGAACGCAAGACACAUCAUGCUCCUUGGUUGAAUGGUGUUUCCAUCAAGGAUCGUUUUCGUUUGGAUGCAAAAGAAGUACCCGAUUUCUUAGAAGGAAAGCUAUCACCACAAACCAUUGCAUCUCGCUUCCAGGAUAAUCCUCAGCAAGCCAAAGAUACGGAAUUUAUUGCAACGGGUGUUCAACAAUCGGUUCACGAGAAACAUUUACGUCCUGUGGUGCGCAUCUUUUAUAAUCGUACAGCAUUCCAGCUACCUGGUGAUCAGCGUGUGCGUGUAAGCCUUGAUACAGACCUUACUUUUAUUCGUGAAAAGGCUCCUUCUUGGCAAGAAUGGCACCGUCCUGAUGUUGGUGUUGAUUAUCCAUUCAACCAUGUGGAUGAAAAGGAUAUCGUACGCUUUCCUUAUGCUGUACUUGAAACGAAGGUGCAAAGUCAUUUGGGUCAAGAGCCUCCAGCAUGGUUGGAAAAUCUUAUCAAGUCUCAUUUGGUGCAUGAAGUCCCAAGAUUUAGCAAGUACCUUCACGCUGCAGCCAAUCUUUUCCGUGAUCAUCUACCUUUGCUUCCUUGGUGGUUGUCAGAGAUGGAUAUUGACAUUCGCAAGCCACGUGAAACCAAUUUUGGAUUGAGUCGCUCAACUUCAUACAAGCCUUUGAUUGAUGGUCAAUAUCGUACUGCUAUGCAAGCUGAGGAGCGUCGUAUUGAUGUUGUCAAUGCCCAUGUCAAUAAGCAAAAGGAAGAAGAACAAGCUGCAGAGCAACAACAACUUGAGGACAAGGAUGGAAAGCUUGCCGUACCACAACAACGCACAUCGAAUGGCACUUUGGUUGAUGAAGGACCAACAACACAACAGCCACCACCACAACCACAACCACCUACGAUAGCCACAGACCCAACCAAGGCAAAAGAAGGGGAGGCUGGUUUAUUAGCACCUGGAUCAGCAAUGGGUAAACAUUCCAAUAUCUCGCUUGGUACGCUGUCAUCUACUGGAUCAACCACCUAUAACGAGCCUGUGGGUGCCACUAUUAUCAAAACAGGUGAUGCACCAAGAGACUAUGGCACUCCGUUACCUUCACCCGUCAUCGAUGACAAGAACGAGUUGGGCGAAGACGUACAAUUGGAAAAGGGUGAUAUUGUAUUGGAUAUGGAAAACAAGCGUGUGAUCACCAAGGAAAAGGAAAAGAAGAAAAAGGACAAGGAAGCCGAGGAAGAAAUGAUUGCCCAACGUCCAAUGCAAUUAUGGGAGCGUGUGCUUUUCGGCAAAGGUGCCAACCAGAAUCUUACUGUGAAGAAUGGUGAUGAGCGGGUGCCACUCAAGAAAAUCAAGAUUGAGCCCAAGGUGUUCUUUGCCAACGAACGUACAUUCAUCAGCUGGCUUCAAUUUUGUGCAUUGUUGUUGACGGUGGCUCUCAGUUUACUCAACUUUGGUGACAAUGUCUCGCGUAUUGCUGGUGGUAUCUUCAUUGGUAUCUCGGCUGUUGUUGCCAUCUAUGCCCUUUAUCGCUUUGAGAAACGUGCAUGGAUGAUCAAUCGUCGUGUGCUUGGUCGCUAUGAUGAUUUAUGGGGCCCUGCCGUUCUCUGUUGUCUCUUGGUUGGUGCGCUCAUUGUCAACUUUUACCUUCGAUUCCGCCCUAAUGCCGCAUAA